AUGACGAAUAUGCACAGCUGGUGUUUGAAGCAUGCUCUGCUGCUUUCUUCAGUUCUUCUUUGCAAUUUCGGCACAGUGUACGCCAACAACCCGAUUAUCCAAACAUCCUACACUGCGGAUCCUGCUCCUCUUAUCGUCGACGACCGAGUUUAUCUCUUCACCGGUCACGACGAGGAUGGUUCAACAAACUACGACAUGAGAGAGUGGCUUCUCUUCUCCUCGGCGGACAUGGUCAAUUGGCAGCAUCACGGCAGCCCCAUGAAUAUCAGCACAUUUGCUUGGGCAAGCGCCAAUGCCUGGGCUGGGCAGGCCAUCGGCCGGAAUGGGAAGUACUACUUCUAUGUUCCGGUGACCAGUCGCGACGGCGCCAUGUCCAUCGGCGUUGGUGUCAGCGACAGUGUCACUGGCCCAUUCGUUGAUGCUAUUGGUGGCCCUCUUCUUGGCAAUGGCCAGAUUGACCCCACCGUAUUCAUCGACGAUGACGGGCAAGCCUACAUGUUUUGGGGCAACCCAGAUCUGUGGUAUGUCAAGCUCAACGAAGAUAUGAUUUCGUACAGUGGUGAAAUUUCAAAGGUUGAGCUCACUGUCGAUGGGUUUGGCGCUCGCAAUGACACCACAGGACGCCCUUCGGCCUUCGAAGAGGGUCCCUGGGCCUACAAGCGAGGAGAUCUCUACUAUAUGAUCUAUGCAGCUGUGUGUUGCCCGGAGGAUAUUCGCUACAGCACAGGCCCUACCAUCAUGGGGCCAUGGACUUAUCAAGGCCUUGUCAUGCCCUCGGAAGGCGGCAGCUUUACGAACCAUCCUGGUGUGGCUGACUUCGGCGACAUCUCAUACUUCUUCUACCACAACGGCGCCUUGCCAGGUGGGGGUGGAUUUACUCGAUCUGUUGCGGUCGAGAGCUUCAACUAUCUUCCCGAUGGAUCUAUCCCAGAGAUGAAGAUGACUACUGAAGGCCCGGCUCAAAGAAAGGGUGUGAAUCCUUUCGAAAGACAAGAGGCAGAGUUGAUUGCUUGGUCUCAGGGCAUUGAAGUUGAAGUUUGUAGCGAGGGCGGUAUGGCUGUUGCUUUCGUCAACGAUGGUGACUACAUCAAGGUCAAGGGUGUCGAAUUCGGCAAUGGCGUGGCAAAGUUCACUGCCGGUGUAUCAUCCGCAACCGCCGGUGGUAACAUUGAGAUACGUCUCGAUAGCUUGGAUGGAAGCCUCAUUGGUACUUGCGCUGUUACGGGCACUGGUGGAUGGCAAACAUGGACGACCGUGACAUGCUCUGUCAACGGCGCUGAAGGCAGCCACGAUCUUUACUUCAGUUUUACUGGAGAGGGAACCGACUACCUUUUCAACCUUGACUGGUGGCAGUUCGAGUAG